CCACAGACUGUAAUCACAGCACCGCUGCACAGGACUGCUGGUCGAAGCAGAAUUUACUGUGCGAUGACAGGACAUAGAGCUCAGCCAUCACUGUUAGAAGUUGACAUGUUUAACUUUGUAGUCGGUUAGUUUCUGGCAAUGAAUUCCAAUAUAUCAUUACUGGACUGUGGAGGCCACGUAGAAACACUCGGAGCGCGAUUUCGAAGCUGUUAAUGUAAGUUUGCGUUAGCUUCCAAGCCAGCUAGCUAACCUUAAAGCUUUUUUUUUCCCGUUGAAGUUGCAUGGUUCGGUUGUAUAAUUUGAUUUGUGGUCGCGUGACGCCCGUUUAUGAUUAGAUGGGGGGAAGCUUCAGUUACAUACAGAAAGAAUGGCGUCGGGGAUGUUUGCCUCGAUAUUAUGUGCUUAAGGAGCAGUUUUGACUUGGGCUUGUCAACAGACUCGCUGGCGUUGGCUAACCUCGGUAGCCUGUUAGCCGCCUAAGCUAGCAUGGCCAACACGGAGAACGGUCGUCACUCCGUGGACUCAAGGAGCAUCAGGACCAUCAGUAGCAGCCGCAUCGACGACGAAAGCUCGCUGGGCUCCGACUCCGAGAUCAAUGGCUUCACCACCGACAGACAAACUGAUAAAUACGGAUUUAUUGGUGGAGCUCAGCAGUACACGGAGGCUUCAGCUCUGGAUGUGCCUCCAGCAGUGCUGAGGCAAAGGGAAGUGAAGUGGCUGGAUAUGCUCAAUCACUGGGACAAGUGGAUGAUCAAGAGACACAAUAAGGUGAGGCUUCGUUGCCAAAAAGGAGUUCCUCCUUCCUUGCGAGGCCGUGCAUGGCUCUACCUUUCAGGGGGGAAGGGAAAGAAAGAGCAGAACCAAGGAAAGUUUCAGGAGUUGGAUAGCCAGCCAGGCGACCCCAAAUGGCAGGAUGUGAUUGAAAAAGACCUCCAUCGACAGUUCCCAUUUCAUGAGAUGUUUGUGUCACGAGGAGGACACGGGCAGAAGGACCUUUUCCGUGUUUUGAAGGCCUACACUCUAUACAGACCCGAGGAGGGAUACUGUCAGGCACAGGCUCCCAUUGCUGCUGUGUUACUCAUGCACAUGCCGGCUGAGGAUGCCUUCUGGGGGUUGGUGCAAAUUUGUGAGAAGUACCUUCCUGGCUACUACAGCCCAGGCCUGGAAGCUAUACAGUUAGAUGGAGAGAUCCUAUUUGCUCUGCUUCGACGCGUCUCCCCACUAGCCUACCGUCAUCUGGAGAAACACAAGAUUGACCCCAUCCUCUACAUGACUGAAUGGUUUAUGUGCGCCUUCUCCAGAACGCUGCCAUGGUCUUCAGUGCUGCGUGUCUGGGACAUGUUCCUUUGUGACGGUGUGAAAAUAAUCUUUCGAGUGGGCUUGGUGCUACUAAAGUGCAUGCUGGGUAGUCGUGAAAAGCUGAAGGCCUGCCAGGGCCAGUAUGAAACCAUGGAGCUUCUCCGAACCAUACUGCCUCGAUACAUGCAGGAGGGCUUCCUUGUUCGAGAGAUCCUGGAGGUGCCAAUUACGGCGCGGGAUGUGGAAAGGGAGCAUCACACCCAGCUCAAGCGCUGGAAGAAGAACCACGGAGAGCUCAAUUUCAAAUCUCCCCCGAGGAUGCACGGCGCCCGUCUCAUCAUGUUGGCUGACCCGCCGAGGCGCCAGGACCUGCAGCAGCACCCCACUAUUUUAGUGGAGGAGGUGGAGCUCAGCCAACAGCUAAAGAAUGCGCAGAAAAGCAAAAAGAAAAGUCUGAAGAAGUCCCAGCUCCCCGAGGAGAUCCCAAACCCUUAUCCUCUUCCCAGUGCUACACCACCACCACCUGCUUAUCCACCAGCCCCACCUCCAAUUCUAAGCAAGCACCCAGAGACUGUGCCACAGACACAUCCACUUCAGCAGGGGCACAUGCUUCCUGCAGAGGUCCCCCCUGCCAAAGAGACUCCCCUUCAACGAUCUACACAAAGCCUUAGCAGCACAGAGCAAGAUACCUACCUGUAACUCUGAAGCUGUGUGUGUGUGCGUGCGUGCGUGCGUGAGUGUGUGUGUGCGUGCGUGUGUGCACGCGCGUAUAAAAAGCACCAGCAUCCUUCAGCUAAUGACCAGCCAUGGAUGAGUGCUGGACUCAUCUUUUAGCAUGAAGUGUACAACUACCAUGCAAAACUGUCACUUUCCUCUUGACUGGUGCUGUGUGAUGCUCUCUUCUCCAAACAUAUCCACAGUAUGUCCUCUCCAGGGGACAGUUGUCACCGACUUCCUGGGAGACUGUCACCACUUUUUGGUGUUUGGGAACAAACAAUUGCCAAAGCUAAUCUGUUUCAUGUCCACUCAGAUCCAACACUACUGUGGUAUUUUUGAAACUGAAAUCCUGUAGGAGUGAGUAACCUUGAAUGGUUUUCACAAAGGGGGCAACCUGGUAGCUGCCGUUCCUUCUCUAGUCCCUGUUUGUGAAACUUAACACAUCCAAGUUGGGAGACAAUAUUUAUCUUUUCAACACUUUUUUUUGUAGUCUUGCAUUUACAUUCAAAUCUGUCUCAGUAUUGUACAUCUGUUGAUUUUUCCAUCAGUUACUCAUUCUGUAUUCUGUGUCACGAAAGCCUUGCUGAUGUACAAAUUGCCUUCUGUCCUUCCAAGACUUAAGUGUUCUUUGAAGUGAUCCACUUAAAACCACACUCACUGUGCCAUGUUCUGCAGCUUCGGAGCAGCAGAAGUUGACUUUACCAAGAAACUUAGCAACAAGAGCACCGCACAAACAUUCUUGUCAUCUUAACAGCUAAUCAGCCUUAACAUGCUUGCUUGCCAAAUGCUAAUCAGUAUACUGUAAGUAAUGACUUCAUGCAUGCAUUUCCUGGCACAACUUAGACAUUUUAUAAUGGUGCUGACCUUCGUUUUGGGAUUGCUUCGAAAUUCUCCACUUGGAGCAUUUUUUUUUAAUCUUGCUGAAAAUCCCAAUGCAGAUCGAGCUGUUGUAGGCUUUCAUUUGUACAAUAAUUGUGAUUUCAAGCCUUCCUGGUGGGUUUGAAGCCAUUUUUGGUUUCUUUCUUCAACUUUGGUUUGGUAUAUAAACUUGAACAAUCUUUUUUUUUUUUUUUUGGAUGCUUUUACAAAGCGACAGGACAGGAUGUUUCUUUUCCACAGUAGUUUUCCCUGUCUCUUCUACUACAGACACAUUUUGCUUUUGUUCCAUGAACUUAACAUUCAUUAUGUAGAACUGACAGGAUAUUUUGUGAUGAAAUCUUUUAUUUUAGUGUGUGUAAUGCAAAGCAAUCAGAAAUGUCAUUUCUACAUUUUCUACUUUGUAUCAACUUUAUGACACUAGGGGGAUAAAAGCAUGGAUGUCACGGAGUGGGCAACAAUCAUAUGUACUAUAAAUAAAUCUCUUUGUGAAAGAUAUUCUGAAUAUUUUAUAUUUUACUUUCCUUACAAUGACGUGUGGUCAUUGAAAAACAAAUAACCUAAAAUAAAUAUAAAUAUU